AUGACAUCUCCUGAAGCUCCUAUGCCUGACGGAGAACAUACACCCCCGCCACCAACCUUCGCCGGCCGUCUUAAGCUCCAAGACUUCAAGUACGACGGCAAUGGCUCAGUAUCAACAUCACCUUCACCAUCACUAGGUGGAAUCCGCAGAAGCACCCGCUUAUCCUCCACAACCAAGCCAACAACCAUAACCACAACCGCACCCUCCUCAUCCUCUUCGGCAUCUCCCUCCCGGAGGACCACCCAGACCCAAAUCACCACCACCACCACCACCACCACCACCACCUUGACAACAACGACCAAAACCCCAUCAAAACGAAAACUAACCAGCACCUCCGCCUCAACCUCUCCCACCCCAUCCGGCUCCGGCUCCCUCACUCCCACCUCCAAAAAACGCCCCAAACCCCUUCCCAAAAAGACCUACGACUCCAUCCCCCAAUCCCUCCCCGACGCCCUCUCCCCCAACCUCCUCACUCUCUUCAUAGGCCUCAACCCCGGCAUCUCCACCGCCAUCCAGCAACACGCCUACGCGCAUCCUACCAACCUCUUCUGGCGCCUUUUGUGUUCCAGCGGCAUCACCCCCGUGUUAUGUUCUCCGUCUGAAGACCGGUCCUUGCCCGAACGGUUUUCGCUGGGGUUGACGAAUAUCGUGGGCCGCCCGACGAGAAACGGGGGGGAGCUAAGCAAGGGGGAGAUGGAUGAGGGGGUUGGAGUUUUGGAACAAAAAGUUAGGGAGUGGAAGCCGGAAAGUGUGGCGGUGGUGGGGAAGGGGAUUUGGGAGAGUAUUUACCGGGUACGCUGUAGGCAGCGGCAGCGGCAGCGGAUGAACUUGAAGGGGGGUACUAAAGGGAAGGGAGGGGGAGGGGGAGGGGGAGGGGCAGUGUUGCCGAAGGAUUGGAAGUAUGGGUGGCAGGAUGAGAGUGAGAAUAUGGGUGUUGAUGAGACAGACAGAACAACAGGGUGGAAGGGGGCGAGGGUGUUUGUGGCUACUAGUACUAGUGGGUUGGCGGCGACGGUUGGGAGGGCAGAGAAGGAGAGGAUUUGGAGGGAGUUGGGGGAGUGGGUGGAGAGGAGGAGGGCGGAGAGGGAGGCGGAGAGGGCGAAGGGGAAGGGGGAGGAAAAGGAAGUGAAAGGGGAGGAUGAGGAUAAGGGUCAGGGUGGUGCAGUGGGCGAGUGA